GACAUCCGAUAAAAUUGGAACGAUACAGAGAAGAUUAGCAUGGCCCCUGCGCAAGGAUGACACGCACAAAUCGAGAAAUGGUCCAAAUUUUUUUGAGAUUUCUCGCGCCGGUCCUUUUUCUUUUGCAGAUAGACCCUUAGAGCAAAAAAAAAAUCGACGAGGAAUAACAAAUGGCGGGUUUGCUCCGCCACGUCGCCGCCGCUCUGCUCUACCUCGUCGCGGCAGCCUCCGCCGCCGGCGCCUCCACUUACUACGCCUCGGACCCCAACCUCGGAUCCGCCCGCGUCGUCUUCCAGACAAAUCAUGGUGACAUUGAGUUCGGCUUUUUUCCUCAUGUUGCGCCAAAGACAGCUGAACACAUUUUCAAACUUGUGCGCCUUGGAUGCUACAACACAAAUCACUUCUUCCGGAGACAUACCACAUUGUUCAUGGUCGCAGGUUGACAAGGGUUUCGUUGCACAAGUUGCUGCUGUUGUGGGUGGUAGAAAAGCCCCUAUGAAUGAGGAGCAGGAACAACAAGCAGAGAAAUCAAUUGUUGGUGAAUUUAGUACUGUCAAGCAUGUCAGAGGGAUUCUCUCCAUGGGAAGGCACUCUGAUCCAGACAGUGGAUCUUCUUCUUUUUCUAUCCUUCUUGGUGAUGCUCCACACCUUGAUGGCCAGUAUGCUGUAUUUGGGAGAGUCACCAAGGGUGACAAUACAUUGCGAAAACUCGAGCGUCUUCCAACUCGGAGGGAGGGCAUUUUUGUAAUGCCAAUUGAACGUAUCGACAUUCUGUCAACAUACUACUAUGAUAUUGAAGUAGAUAGUUGUGAAGCAGAGAAAUCUAUUCUCAGGAGGAGACUUUCUGAAUCAGCAUCAGAGAUUGAGAGAUGGAGACGAAAAUGCUUCGCAUGAAGACAUCUGUUUCAAAGGGAAAAAACUUGUACUUGUUAAGAUGCAUUAAUGUAAUUUUACUUUGUAUUUCAUGUAACUAUUCGAACGGGUAUCUUGUACUUGUAGCAAGCUUCAGUAUAACUCAGGUAAUCUUUAAGAAAGAAUGCUCUUACUGAAUAUCUAUAUGAAGAUAAAACUGUUUAGGCUAGUCCAUACUUUCAC